ACAGUGGAGACACACAUCCCGAGCUCCACUCACUAGAUAAGAGACAAUCUGCAGAAAUUUCCCCCAUGUUUCUUCGCUCAAUUUCUUCUCAUCUAACAUCCAACAUUUCCCACCUAAUUCCGUGCCCCGAUCGAAAUCUACAAAAAUCACCCCUCACCAACGGAAGAAAGCAUCCCAGACUAUCCGAAAUGGGGAAAACAUUGAGGAAACUCGAGGUUUCAUCGCCGGUGCCGGCCGACAUAGACAUUGCCAAUUCGGUGGCGCCGCUCCACAUCUCCGACAUCGCCCAGGAGCUCGAUCUCGCCCCUCAGCAUUACGAUCUCUACGGCAAAUACAAAGCUAAGGUUCUGUUGUCAGUGAUUGAUGAGCUUAAAGGUAAAGAAGAUGGGUACUACGUGGUGGUCGGAGGUAUUACUCCCACCCCCCUCGGAGAAGGCAAAUCCACCACCACCGUCGGUCUCUGUCAAGCUUUGGGAGCUUUUCUUGACAAAAAGGUAGUCACGUGCCUCCGGCAGCCAUCACAGGGGCCCACAUUCGGAAUCAAAGGCGGUGCCGCCGGUGGAGGCUACAGCCAAGUGAUCCCGAUGGACGAAUUCAACCUCCACCUCACCGGAGACAUCCACGCAAUCACUGCCGCCAACAACCUCCUCGCCGCUGCCAUCGACACAAGAAUCUUCCAUGAGUCAACCCAAUCCGACAAAGCCCUCUUCAACCGCCUGUGCCCGCCGAACAAAGAAGGCAAAAGAACCUUCAAUGAAGUCAUGCUCGGCCGUCUACAAAAACUCGGCAUCUCAAAAUCUAACCCCGAAGACCUAACACCAACCGAAGCAAAGCAGUUCGCCAGGCUGGACAUAAACCCCGAUUCCAUCACGUGGAGGAGAGUCAUGGACGUUAAUGACCGGUUCUUGAGAAAAAUAUCGAUUGGACAAGGGCCCGAAGAAAAGGGCAUGGUUAGAGAAACGGGGUUCGAUAUUUCGGUAGCUAGUGAAAUCAUGGCGGUUUUAGCCCUCACGACCUCCUUACCUGAUAUGCGGGCCCGCCUUGGAAAGAUGGUGGUCGGAAAUAGUAGGGGUGGCGACCCCAUCACCGCCGAUGACCUUGGAGUCGGUGGCGCACUGGCGGUGUUGAUGAAAGACGCUAUUAACCCUACUCUAAUGCAGACUCUUGAGGGCACGCCCGUACUUGUACACGCGGGCCCCUUUGCGAAUAUCGCGCACGGCAACUCUUCGAUAGUUGCGGACAAAAUUGCCCUCAAGCUUGUGGGCCCCGGUGGGUUUGUGGUGACCGAGGCGGGGUUCGGUGCGGAUAUUGGGACUGAGAAGUUUAUGAAUAUAAAGUGUAGGUACAGCGGAUUGAAGCCUCAGUGUGCGGUGAUUGUGGCUACUAUUCGGGCCUUGAAGAUGCACGGUGGCGGGCCCGAUGUUGUGGCUGGGAGGCCGCUGGACCGAGCCUACGUGACGGAGAAUGUGGCUCUUGUUGAAGCGGGGUGCAUUAAUUUGGCGAGGCAUAUUAAGAACACGAAGGCUUAUGGUGUUAAUGUUGUGGUGGCGGUUAAUAUGUUUUCGACGGAUUCUGAAGCGGAGCUCAAUGCUGUGAGAACUGCGGCUUUGUCGGCGGGGGCUUUUGAUGCUGUUAUUUGUACUCAUCAUGCACAUGGCGGGAAAGGCGCGGUGGAUCUUGGAAUUGCGGUUCAAAAGGCGUGUGAAAGUGUUACACAACCUUUGACGUUUUUAUAUCCUUUAGAUAUAAGUAUCAAAGAGAAAAUAGAGGCAAUAGCAAAGUCGUAUGGUGCAAGUGGGGUCGAGUAUUCUGAACAGGCGGAGAAGCAGAUAGAGAUGUACAGCAAACAAGGAUUUUCGGGCCUGCCAAUCUGCAUGGCAAAGACGCAGUACUCGUUCUCACACAAUGCUUCGGAGAAGGGUGCUCCUAGUGGUUUUGUCCUGCCGAUAAGAGAUGUGAGAGGAAGCAUUGGCGCUGGAUUUAUUUACCCUUUAGUUGGGACGAUGAGUACAAUGCCUGGCUUGCCCACUAGGCCUUGCUUUUACGACAUUGAUAUCGACACUGAAACUGGACGAGUUAUCGGUCUUUCUUGAAGAAGAUGUUCGAUUUUUGGGAUUGCAUUUUUUUUUUUUUUGUAUGCUUUGGUGUUUUGUGAUUCAAUGAAGAUGGACUAUGGGUCAAUAAGAGUUCCUCCAUUCCAUAGGUUGUAUUUUUGUGAUGUUUUUUUUUUUUCUUUUUUUUUUUUUCCUCUCUUGUUAGUAUGUUGAAUAAUCUAGAAUUUGCGGAUUGAAGAUAUAGCGUCAUCGUCAUCGUCAUCGUUCUUUGGAAUCGAAAUAUCUGCAAGAUCUUUUUAAA